AUUAUAACUUUAAAGGAAACUUAGAAAUCUCUAAUGUUGUUAAAACCUUACAGAUGAAUAUUUUUGUUAAAAAAAUUAUCUUGUUGAAAAUAAUAUUUUUGUUAAAAAUUAUAUUUUUCAGAUGCACAGAUAGGUAGAACAAUGGUGUCUAAAAUACAUAUCUGCAAGAAGCUGUGAAAUGAUGACUUCCUCGAGGAGCUGUUUUGCAAAAUGAUUAUAAAAAUACUCUCUUCUCUUCUUCUCAUAGGAUUAUUGAUAUUAGUGUUUGAGCUUAAAGAUGAAAGAUUUGACCCUGGUGGGAGUCUGGUGGAGUACAUUUUAAACCAUUCAGUUCACUCAUCCAGUAUAUUAAGCAAGGCUCGUAAAAGGAGAGGGGAUUGCAACUUUUAUAAAUGUUUUGAUAUUAACAGAUGCACUUUACAUGCAGCCAACAUUAAAGUACAUAUCUAUCCAUCCCAUCAUCAUCUAGUGGAUGGUGAAGAACUAGCCUACUCCAGGGAGUACCUGGAUAUUAUUGAUGCUGUUUACAACAGUGAAUUCUACACUCCUAACCCUGAGGAAGCUUGUCUGUUUAUGCCAAGUGUAGAUACGCUAAACCUGAAAACCAAUAGAAAGGAGUUGGAGUCAGUACUUUCUCAGUUAGAAUAUUGGAACCAGGGCCAGAAUCAUCUUAUCUUCAACUUCAUCGGAGACCCUGCUGAGUUCUGGUUGGACAAGGCUAUUCUAGCUUCAUCUUCACUUUCUACUUAUACUUACAGGCCUGAAUUUGAUGUAUCAUUACCUCUAUCUGUACCUGACUCUCUAGCUUGUGGUUCCGGAUCAUGUUCAUAUAAUCAAUCAAUUAAUCAACACUCUUCCUCCCGUCGGUCCUGGACCCUGCUAGUCUUCAAGCAUACUUUAGAUAUUAAACUUGCGAAAACUUUACACGAUAUUAGUGCUGACAGUAACGAUGUGAUAUUUGUUGAUAAAUGUGGAAAUACAUUCUGUUACAAAGGAGUUGAAUAUUCAGCUGAGGAGCUGAUAGCCGAUUCUAAAUAUUGUUUUAUAUCUGGUGUCCCAGGACUUCAGGGACUACAGUUGGGGCAAGUUUUAAGGCUAGGCUGUGUCCCAGUUAUCUUACAAGGUUCUUCAGUGCUUCCAUUCUCUGAGAUUUUAGACUGGAACCUCUUCUCUAUCAGACUGAGAGGAAAAGAUGUGGGAGAUCUUCUGAAAAUAUUAAAUCUGAAAUCUGCCAAGGAUUAUCAAGCCAUGAAGAAGCAACUAGAACGAAUCUACUCAACCUACAUGAAAUCUCCUGGCACCAUUGCUCUCACUACAUUGAAGAUAUUUAACACAAGAAUUUUGACCCAGUUUGGAGUCUCUAAGAUGGAUUGGAAUCUUGAAGACUCUCCCAAAUCUCCAAUUUUCCUUGACAAGUAUCCUCGGCCUGGUUCUGGGUUUACAGCAGUUAUCCUUGCCUACGACAGGGUCGACUCACUCUUCCAGAUUAUCAACCAAAUUUCUGAUGUUCAUAGUUUAACCCGUAUUCUUGUAAUCUGGAACCACCAAACCAUCCCUCCGCCCUCUAUACAAGCCUGGCCUAAAACAAACAAACAAUUGAAGGUGAUUCAAACAUCUGCCAACCUGUUAUCAAACCGGUUUUAUCCCUACCCGGAGAUAGACACAGAGUGCGUGUUGUCCCUGGAUGACGACAUCACCAUGCUGUCAGCUGAUGAACUGGAGUUUGGAUACCAAAUUUGGCGGGAAUUUCCAGACAGGAUUGUCGGUUUCCCAUCUCGAAGUCACUUCUUAAACCAAACUAGUGGGGCCUGGAACUAUCAGAGUGAGUGGACGAACGAGUAUAGUAUGGUUCUAACAGGUGCUGCGUUCUACAAUAAAUACUGGAACUAUGUUUACACUGGUGCCCCGGACCCACAACAAAAACUAAUUAGAGAUUGGGUUGAUGAGAAUAUGAACUGUGAAGAUGUAGCAUUUAAUUUUCUAGUUUCUAAUCAUACUAGGAAACCUCACAUCAAGAUAGGACCUAGGAAGAAAUACCGCUGUGUAACUCCGAGCUGUGAGAAUGGAAAUAUGCUUUCUCAAGAUUCCGGUCAUCUUGCCAGACGAUCCCAGUGCGUUGACAAGUUCUCCAAGCUGUAUGGUUUCAUGCCUCUCAAAAGUGUAGAAUAUAGGUUAGAUCCAACCUUAUAUAAAGAGACUGUUCCUGAUUCUAUGAAUCCGUAUUCACAUCUAGGACCUCUCUAGUUCUUGUUCAUGUUCAGGCCCUCUCUAAUUCAUGUUCAUGUUUAUGUUCAUGUUCAGGCCCUCUCUAGUUCAUGUUCAUGUUAAUGUUUAUGGUCACGUUCAGGCCCUCUCUAGUUCACGUUCAGACCCUCUCUAGUUCAUGUUCAUGUUGUAACACGUUUCUUAUAACCAACUAAUAGAUUAACUUUUUGCAUGUUUUUUAAUGUUAUUUAUUAUAAAUAAACUGGAGAUAGUUAA